GGAAAGCAUAAAGGGAGCAAUGGGUCACGAUACUUUUGCUCAUAUAUCAACGGGAGCAUCGCAUGAUUCUAGAAGUCCAUAUUCGACAACGUCAUCCACCACAUAUGUAAACUGGUUACCAAUCUAUCAGUCCAAAUUCACGCUACAUCUGAAAACUCCCGAAAAACAUGCUGCUCAGUCGUCAUUUUCACCAACAGAUAUAGCACAACCAACUCAAAAUCAUGGUCGUAAGCAAAUUAUAAAACCAGGAACAGGAUUUUCCAAAAAUUGCUCUAGCUAUGUAGAGUACGAUCCCGCUAUAGAUGAGACUCAAUAUCAAUUUAGCAAAGAAGCCCAUUUGACAAGUCAUGGUCAGUCGUAUAUUUCACCUCAAAAUGCUACUAAAAAAUCGUCAAAGCCGUUGUAUAUCGCACAGGACGUAAUUGAAUCUGGAUUUACUCGCCUUCCAAAAUAUAAUGUCACUGAUCAAGGACAGCAAUAUCUGACAAAUCAAUCUGAAGCUAAAAGCAAGUUUACUGAAUCUGCUCAUGUGCUACAUCAGCCCAGCGCUGACCGAUCUCGGAUACUUCAAUCAUCUAGCGCGUUCACAACAGAUGUGGGCCAUUUGCAUGCAUUUGGGCAUUUGGUAGAUUCUCCAUUUGCGAAUGUGCAGACAAAACAAGACCAGUGGCGGCAAAAAUCAGAAAAAAUGGGACAGUACCGAAUGGAUCCAAAUGGGUUUACUCGAUCAGUUGGAUCGCGCAUUCUAGAUUACAAGACUAAUCCUUUAGGCAUUAUUAGCAAGAAUUCCGAGGACCACAUUAGAAAAUCCGAUCCAGCACGGUGGAUGAUGAUGCACGAAACGGACCAAAGCACAUCCAACUAUGUGCAUUGCCGAUUGUCUCCUAUAAAGGAUGCAAUGACAUUGAAAAAACUCAAUGAAAGUAUUGGUUCCAAGCAGGAUACUGGGAGUAUUCGAAACAACCGACCUUUUAUGGGAGGAAACAUUCAAUCUACUAGCAAUCGUUUUACCACCGAAACAUCCGAUCAGUUUACUAAACCAAUAAGUAACUUCAAGUCGGAUAAUUUCAAGUGCGAUAGUAUUACGCAAUCAGGGUUUACUAUUAGCAACAAGUACAAGUACACGAUGCCUAUAGAUUCCGAGGCUGGAGCACAAUAAGAAUGGGUUUAUAAAAACCAUACAUUCAGAAUGAAAAAUGAAGAAAUCAACCUAGAUCGUUGUUGGUAUCAGACAUGCAUGUGCAUGUAAAUCUAGAAAAUGAAAUGGACGAAAGCAAACAUGAAAUUUGAACAUUGAAGACAAGCUUUGGGCUUGAUUGGCUCUUGCUAUUUAACAGAAAGUUUAUUGCGGCUGAUGACAGGAUAUGGGAAUGAAAAAUUGAAUGAAAAAUUGCUUCACCUGCUAAUUUGAAUGGCAGGAAUAUCC